AUGGAUUUGCAAGAUGCUCAGCAGUUUCUAGCUCGAUGUGUUAAUGACAUUACGACAACAUUCCAAAAAGUCCCUGGUUCAGCAAUCCUGAUACGCUAUAUUCAAUCCAGCUAUCAACAUGAUCCAGUCAGAUCAGCAAUUGAGCUGAUCCUAGUUAUAUUUUUUGUACGAUACUUACUCGCUCCAUCAUACCCGACACAUAAUGGCAACUUUGUUAAGUUGACUGAAGAGGAAAUCGACGAUCUGGUCGAAGAAUGGAUUCCUGAACCUAUUGUAGCCCCUCAAACUCCUUUCGAAGAAGCAGAGAGCGAUAAACUGCCAGUUAUUGUUGGACCAACAGGACCCCGCGUCAAGCUCCAGAAUGGUCGCACGGUUAUAAAUCUUGCUUCGUACAACUUCUAUAACUUUGUUAGUAACGAAAUUAUCAAGGAAAAAGCUAUACAGACUCUAAGAACCUAUGGAGUUGGGCCUUGUGGGCCUCCUCAAUUCUACGGCACCCAGGACGUUCACAUGAAAACUGAAGCUGAAAUUGCGACCUGCUUGGGGACUCAGGGCUGUAUUGUCUAUGCGCAAGCCUUCUCGACAAUUUCAAGUGUUAUACCUGCCUUUUGUAAGAGGGGAGACACAAUCGUUGCUGACCGUGCAGUCAACUAUGCUAUUCGAAAAGGGCUUCAGAUUAGUCGUAGUACGAUACGCUACUACGAACACAACAACAUGGAAGAUUUAGAGAGAGUUCUGCAAAAAGUUGUAAAAGAGCAGGCAAAAAAACCGCUUACCCGAAGAUUUAUUGUCACCGAAGGCUUAUCAGAAAUCAUAGGAGACUGUGUAGAUCUUCCAAAACUUAUUGAACUCAAGCUACGAUAUAAAUUUCGUUUGAUGCUCGAUGAGACAUGGUCUUUCGGCGUUGUAGGAAGGACUGGACGUGGCUUAACAGAAUCCCAAAAUGUUGAUGCUUCUCAAAUAGAUAUGUUGAUAGGGUCGCUUGCUGGACCACUCUGUGCAGGUGGCGGAUUCUGCGCAGGUUCAACAGAUGUGGUAGAACAUCAACGCAUCUCUGCCGCAUCUUAUACCUUCUCAGCUGCAUUGCCUGCUAUUUUGGCUACAACCGCUACUGAGACGUUGAAUAUGCUUCAGACGAAUCCGGAGAUCCUUUCACAAUGCCGAGAAAAUAUCAAGGCCAUGCGUGCACAACUUGAUCCACGUAGCGACUGGGUACAAUGCGCAAGCUACAUUGAUAACCCUAUAGUUUUUCUCGUCAUUAAACCUGACAUUGUCAACUCACGGCGAUUAGGAGUUGAGGAACAGGACCGAAUUUUACAAGAGUGCAUUGACGAGUCAAUGACCAGCGGAGUACUAAUCACGCGUACGAAAACUAUGCCUCUUAGUCCUCGGAACAACUCUAAAGAUUCUGACUGGAAGAUACAACCGGCCCUAAAGGUCUGCAUCACCACUGGUCUGACCAAAAAAGAGACUGAAAAGGCAGGAGUGGUCAUCAGACAUGCCAUUACUAAAGUUAUGACCAAAAAGAAUAGUAGCAGGCUGAGCCCGCCAGCUGUAUCAUAA